AUCAGCUCUACACCUUUCAAGAGUGGUAUGCGACCCCCUCCUCCUGCUGUGUCAACAAUUUGCUCUGAAAAAUUGUCUGACAGGUGAAUGCACUGUUUGACUAGUGAGUCUAGAACACUGCUAGAACACUGCGCAUCUGAGUUUUCGCUCGUGCAUGAUUGCGCGUCCAUGUUUUUCGAAUGGGUGGAGUCAGGGCCAGCGUUGGAGGAGAGAAGGUAGGACCUUAGAGUUGUGUAUUUUCAAAAUCUGCCAGCCGUUUUGCAAAUCACAUACCCCACCUUUAAAAUGCAUAGUUGGGUAAACAGACUCUUAGGAUUAAAAAACAAAACAAAACUUAAAUGUAGUAGCUGGUGGCGUGGCACAGUAUUUUAAAUAAACAUUUUUGAAUGGAAGCUCAUUAAUUUGGCCAUAGCCAGCUACAGUUUAUUAAGUAACGUUGCUUAAAAUCCCUAGUGGAAUUUGCUUAAAAAGUGGGAUGCGAAAAAGUAUGCACAAUAUUUUUAAGCAAAUCCAGCACAUUAUUUUUUUCAGUGCAGUUUAGCAGAGAUGGACCACUUGUAUUAAUAUGAAAUGGAACGGCCAACGGACGUAGAUGUAAUUGAAGUCCAGCCUUAUAUGAUAAAAGAGCCAAUCACCUUUUUGAUACAGACGUUGCCUGUCAAUCAACUUGAGAUUAGUUUCAGUGGAGCAAAUACCUGCAUUUUAUAACUACAGUUGAAAUAAUGUUACUUUAUUAUGCUUUUCUGCCUGUGUCCAAAAGAUUUCUGUUAAUUGCUUUCGGUAAAGCUAAAAUAUGAAGUUUUCCUCUAAAGGUACCUGGAUGAUCUCAAUGAAGGGGUCGACAUUCAGCAAACAGUGGAAACUGUUUUAUUGAACGAAGAUGGAAAACAGCUCCUCGUACAGUUAGAUUUUUCUGCUCAACUAAAAAUGUGAGACUCUGUACCUGUAUGGAGUCAUGUUACUGGUCAUUGAUCUGAAGAUGGAGGGGGAGAUGAGAGAGAGGAUGCUGGUGUCCUACUACAGUGCUGCUCGCUCCUUAUCCAACACCAACCUGGAUGACAUCUGCAAGCUCUUACGCAGCACCGGAAAGUCCUUCGAUCUGGUCGACUGGGCUCCUCUGAUCUUGGGUCUCCUGACGCUCUUCAAACAGUUUCAGUCCAGAUAUACUCAACAGUUCCUGGCUCUGAUUGGCCAGUUUAUUUGCUCCAUAAUGGAGCAGUGCACAAGGUAUUUCACUUUAGUAUGUGGCAAUGGAAGGGUGAAUCUCAUGAAAACAUGUCCAGAAAAAUGAGAGAUUUUAUUUGUAUAAGGAACUAUUUUAGGAACAUUAAGAUUUUUUUUUUUCAAGAAA